ACGUGCAGAAAUUUUAUUAUUUUUUUCACGUUUCCGUGGUUGCUUUCCUUCGUGAGUUUAUCAAACUAAUUUAAUCAGUGUUCUAAAUUAAUUAUUAUGAGUUUUUCGUGCGAAACGAUAAUUUAAUCUCUACUCGUCAAGUUGAUCUUACCUUACACGAGAAAUGGGUAAAGUGAAAAAAGCCCGACCGGGCAGAGGGUUGCCGAAAGUUUCCCUCGAAGAGCAACUCACCAGCGAUAAAUUACCCAAGAAACGUAACAGAGAACCCAAGAUUAAAUUCAGAUUCGAAGAAGAUGAUAAAGUUCUCGAUCCGCAACUAUCGAAAUCAAUUUUAAGUCAAGUCAGAAAACAGCAAAAAGAACUCGAAGAAGAUGAAGAAGAAGAGAUACGCGAAACUAUUACGAAACUGGGAGACGAUUCUGAAUCCGAAGACGAACCAGAGAAUACUGAAUUUGCUGAAAAUCAGUUCGAAAGCAACUACUGUCCCGAUGAUAUAACCGAAGAAGACGAAAAAGCUUUGGAAAAAUUCAUGUCCGCCAAUCCAGCACCCAGAUUAACUCUAGCCGAUAUAAUAAUGGAAAAAAUUACAGAAAAGCAAACCGAAAUUCACAGUAAAUUAUCAGAUGCUGAAAGUAUCCAUAUGCAAGACAUUGACCCUCGUGUUAAAGAAAUGUACCAAGGAGUUAAAGAAGUCCUGAUGAAAUAUCGCAGUGGAAAACUACCAAAAGCUUUCAAAAUUAUCCCUAAAUUGAAAAACUGGGAACAAAUAUUAUAUAUUAUAGAUCCUCCUAGUUGGAGUGCUGCAGCCAUGUACCAAGGUACUAGAAUAUUCGCGUCGAAUUUAAAAGAUAAAAUGGCUCAACGUUUUUACAAUCUAGUUCUACUUCCUCGUAUUAGAGACGACAUUAACGAAUACAAAAGACUGAACUUCCACUUAUACGAAGCUCUGCGUAAAGCUUUAUUCAAACCGGGUGCCUUUAUGAAAGGUAUCGUUAUUCCAUUGUGCGAAAGCCGAUGCACGUUACGCGAAGCUGUAAUAGUGGGUUCAGUCGUUGCGAGAAAUUCUAUUCCUAUGCUCCAUUCGGCCGCUACGAUGUUGAAACUGGCUGAAAUGGAAUACAACGGACCUACCAGCAUAUUUUUGAGAAUUUUAUUCGAUAAAAAAUACGCUCUCCCGUAUCGUGUCAUCGACGCUGUUGUUUUCCAUUUCUUAAAAUUCGAACGCGAUGAACGCGAGUUACCAGUUUUAUGGCAUCAAGCUUUGCUAACCUUCGUACAACGGUAUAAAGGUGAUAUUAGUACGGACCAGAAAGAAGCUUUGCAUAAAUUGCUGAAAGUCCAUUCGCAUUAUCAGAUUACUCCCAAUAUUAGAAGAGAAUUAGAUAGUGCCAAAUGUCGCGAUGCCGAAGUACAAGAUACUGAAAAAAUGAUCGAAUGAAUUUGUUUCGUUGUAUAAUCGAUAAUUAUUUAAAUACACGUUUUUUAGUUUUA